AUGCGUAAGGACACUCUGAGAAUCAACGAGCUGUCGGCGAAGCAUUUAAAACGCAAAGACGCGCUCCUGACGGACAACCACGUCCUCGAGACGGAGAUCGUCGGCGAGCUGAAGGACCUGGAGGUGGCCGCGGUGGAGCUCGAGGGCAAGAUCGAGGCUGCGGUCGAGGAGAAGAGGGUCACGCUCGCCAACGUCGUCGAGGCGGAGCGUCAGAUCAUGCUGUGGGAGCGGAAGAUUCAGGCGCGUUCUCCUCACACUGGUUCCCAUACGACGGCGUUCGCGUGGUGA